GUGUGAUAUAUAGUCAUAUUUAUUACAAGUUUGGCAAUUUAUUUCCCAUACAAUUAAUGAUGGAAAACAACUUGCCACCAAUAUCUCCCAAGUCCUAACAACUCACCUUUUAAGUCCACUAAUUAGAACUCAUAAAAUCAAAGGCACAAGGAGAUAUUUCUCUUUCAUUGUCGCCUUCUUCCUCCGCCGCUUCUUUCUCCUUUCAUCAACUCUCUCCCAUGGCUUCCACUGAAAUUGCCCACGACUUUUCCCCUAUGCUCGUCGUUUACAAAGACGGUCGCAUCCACAGGCUUGCCGGCAACGAAUUAAUCGAUCCCUCUCUCGACCCCCUAACUGGCGUCGAGUCCAAAGACGUCGUCAUCUCGCCGGAAACCCCCGUCUCUGCUCGGAUUUACAAGCCCAAACCCACCGCACAACCUCACAAGCUUCCUCUUCUUGUUUACUUUCACGGCGGAGGCUUCUGCAUCGAAUCGGCAUUCUCUUCCUUCUACCACCGUCAUCUUAACUCCUUAGUCGCCGAAGCCAACGUCGUCGCCGUCUCCGUCGAUUACAGGCUAGCUCCGGAGCACCCGCUUCCAAUCGCUUACGAAGAUUCCUGGGAUGCUUUGAAAUGGGUCGCCGCCCAUUCGGCCGGAACCGGACCGGAGGAGUGGUUGAAUGGAAUUGCAGAUUUGGACCGGGUUUAUUUCGCCGGAGAUAGCGCUGGAGCCAACAUCGCUAAUCGAAUGGCAAUCCGGGUCGGGACGGAGGGGCUGGCCGGGUUGAAUCUGAGGGGAUUACUUUUGGUUCAUGCUUAUUUCUGGGGAGGAAAAUUGAUCGGAGACGAAGAGAAGUUGAAUCCGGAACACAGAUCGUUUAUUGAGAAAUUGUGGUAUUUUGUUUGCCCUAAGAUUAGCGGGUUAGAUGACCCGAUUGUGAACCCAGGAUUUGACCCGGAAUUAGGACGGGUAGCGGCGGAGAGAGUGGCGGUUUUUGUGGCGGAGAAGGAUGCUCUGAAAAACAGAGGAUGGUUUUACAGUGAAUGUCUGAAGAAAUCGGGAUGGGGCGGCGCCGUCGAUGUCAUCGAGACGAAGGGACAAGGCCACGUGUUUCAUUUGUUCAACCCGACGUCCGACGAGGCGGUUGAUUUCGUAGGAAAGCUUGCUGCCUUCAUCAAUGGUGAGCGCCGUGAAUGAGGUGGUCAGAGAAUGAAAUAAAUUCCCCUCCGCCUUCUUCUUCGGCGGCAGAAUUUGAAGUCAAUUUAUAUUUGCUUUUUUUCCUGUUUUAUGAUUUUGUACUUUGGAGGGGGAAAAAAUAAAGGAAUUAAAAGUGAAAUAAGACAUUCUUUUUUUUUUUUUUU